UAGUUAGCUUUGAAAUAAACAUAUAAACAUAACUCACAUGUAUUCGGCUUUGGCUACAGUCAAAGUCCUGCCACAAUGUCGAGAAUGUCGAGGAUUUCGACAAUAGAUCAGCCGGAACAACCCAAGCUGCCUCCCAUCGCAAAGAAAACUGUUGCUCGUGCCAGAUCCUACGACGAUGAUGCCUUCAUCAAACUCUUCGACCAUCGCGGCGGUCGGGACAUCAUAAUUAUGGAUAACAAUGGCUUGCCCUUGCGAUCGACCUCCAGCCAGAGACGCACCAUAUUUCUUGUUGGCAAUCUGAAGCCCCUUCUGUUCAUGGCCCGGAAUGUGGUCAGGGAUCUGGAUCCCUCCAACGAUAUAACAUUCAUGCGCAUCCGCUCCAAUAUCGGCGAAGUGCACAUGACCCUGGGAUCCGAAUUCAUUUUGAUAGUUGUGCAAAGGUUCAAAAAGAAAUUUGGAAACACUGAGGCCUGAAUUUGAAACCAUUAAUUGAGCUGUAUAUAGCUUUAUACCGUUCCACUAAACAUUAAAUUACAGCAAUUAUGGCAAAUGAA